GUGUCUACCGUGAUAUCUUGCUCACAAUUCGGAGAAUGACAAGCAGAUCCGAAUAGUCCAUAACAAUUCAACGCAGAUUUAUAAUCCUCCCAUAUCCAGCCUGUCGCUUUUAUUGAAUCAUUAGUCUAAUAUGCCUCUACAUUUGGUCACAUUCGGCUCUUCGCCUUCGGGCCUACGCCGAGCCUUAUUCAAUGCUGUUCAGAGUCAAUGUCUAAUAUUCGCGCCGGGGAGUUCAUGAUUCUUCAUGGUGGGAAGAUGAAAUGAAUAUAAGCCAAAGUUAUCUUUGAGUCUUCCUUUGAAUUCUCUCUUUAAUUUACUCUACCUAGGUAGCUGUAUCAUGGAAACGCCGCCCGUGAAACUGCGAACCCCGGAUAUUUCGACCCAAGAAUCUGACACGGCAGCUAAAUUACCCACCUCCGAAGAUAUGAUCACCUCGAAACAAGAAACAAACGGCGACAUAGAUACAAUACUCCCAACUCAAGACGAAGAAAACGACUCCGUAAUAAGAUGGGAGCAAACCCCGAGCUCAACUCUCGUGGAUUGGGAUGGACCAGACGACCCCCAAAACCCCCAAAAUUGGAGCUGGAAUAAGAAACUGUGGACGACAGUCCUGAUUUCAAUAUGCACAUUCGCCGUUUCGUUUGGGAGUAGCGUACUUGCUUCAGCAAUAACCGUCCUCUCUAAAGAAUAUCGCAUCGGCCCUACGGUGGCCGCGCUUUCCAUUACGCUUUAUGUCCUCGGGUUUGCUGCUGGCCCUUUGGUUUGGGGACCGGCGUCUGAGUAUAUGGGACGCUACUGGCCGUUCAUGAUCGGAUACAUAGGUUUCAUGUGCUUCACUGUCGGUGUUGCUUGCGCCCAGAAUUCGUACACAAUCAUGAUCUGUCGCUUCAUGCAAGGUGCAUGGGGUGUCUCGGCCGUGACGGUUACCCCUGGGGUUAUAGUGGAUUUAUGGGAUGCACGAACGCGGGCGCUGGCAACGAUAGUGUGGUCAAUGACAAUAAUAAUCGGUCCAACCUUUGGCCCCAUUAUUGGAAGCUUUACGGUAAAGAAUGAGAAUCUCGGUUGGCGAUGGACAAUGUGGUUUACCCUAAUUAUGUCUGCUGUCUCCUUCGUCUUAGUUGUCGCUACAGUGGGUGAGACGUGGGGACCGAUCGUUUUACAGAGGAAAGCUGCUAGGUUGCGGGUUGAAACGAAGAAUUGGGCCAUUCAUUCAAAACGCGAUGAGGUUCCAGUGGAGCCCAGGGCGCUUAUACGGAAGUAUGCCCUAAAGCCACUGCAGAUGCUCGUGUACGAGCCUAUUCUGGUGGCGAUCACGCUUUAUAACUGUCUCAUCUAUGGAAUCAUAUACCUUACAUUUGAGGCGUAUCCAUAUGCUUUCGGAACGGUCCGAAAAUGGGAGCCUGGAGUCUCGUCUCUCCCUUUUUUAUCCCUUAUGGUUGGCUAUGUUGUAGCGUGCAUUAUCUCAAUUGUCAUACACCUUCAGGUCGUAGACAAGAAACUUGCCAAGGGCAUCCAGCCAACUCCAGAGGAUCAACUCCCAAGUAUGAUAGUUGGAAGCUUUUGCCUUGUUAUUGGUCUCUUUUGGUUCGCAUGGACGUCUUCCCCGGAUAUUACUUGGGUACCUCAAAUUAUUGCUGGGCCAUUUAUCGGUUGCGGUGUUAGCUUAGUGUUUAACCCCUGUAUUACGUACCUCAUAGAGUGCUAUCUCGCCGAUGCCAACAGUGCUUUAGCGGCCAACACCAUCAUCCGAAGCGCUGUAGCCGCUGCUUUUCCACUUUUUGCGACACCAAUGUAUGCGAAUCUUGGUGUUCCUUGGGCAACCUCACUGCUAGGUUUUCUAGGAGUCGCAUUCAUACCUGCUCCUAUCUUGUUUUAUUUAUUCGGGAAGAAUAUACGCAGCUGGAGCAAGUUUGCAUCCGAGAUAUAGAGAUUCUCUUCAACCACUACAACCAGCGAACUUUACCACAAUUUGUUAACACCCAAGCAUGGGAUUAAAUUGUAGGCUUCGUUUAACGGCUGGUAUGGAUAAAUAAAUUAUAUGGAGAAUCGCAGAAAAUCGCGCAAUAUUGCUAGCAUAGAAAUCAAUAAUAGAUUUAUUCCGAAAGCUCGCGCUUAUACGAGGUAAAAUUUAUACUAUAUAGCAAAAUUAUAGAGAGCUAAGCGC